AUGCCCUGUACCAGUCCACCACUUUCACCGACUAAAAACGAGCAGGUCGAGAGGGAGGCAGUGCGCAUGGCGGCGCAGAAUAAGGUUAAGGCGGAUGAGACAGACGAGAAACAACAUGCAAACAAUAGCGGCGGGAUGGGCGACUACAAGCCCACUGGCGCUCUGGGUGGAGCAGCCAAUCUCGGCCCGCUCUCGACGCAGCCACUCUCAAGUAGCGAUUCUGAUGUUCGGGAGCUUCUGACCUUUCCCAACGAAUCCACGCAUGCAUACUCGUACAACCCACUGUCUCCUAACUCCCUGGCUGUACGACUGCGAAUUCUCAAGAGGUCGCUGGAAAUCAUGAUACGGAACCCCACGCUUCUUCAGGAGAAUCGCUCAGGGCGCCAUUUACGUGUUGAGACGCCAAACGGCACUCAAAAAGAGUUCAGGUUUAGCACUGACAGUGCGAUCUCACCCAAAAAGAGGCCUCAGUUUUCGAGGAGCUACAGCCAUGAAGGCGUCACACCUUUGUCAACGUCGAAACUUAGAAAUGCCUCGUCAGCCGCACUUUCCGCACUUGUCACAAAUGCCAAGGGCCCAUCAGUGGCCGAGCUCUCAGAAUCUUCACAGCCGUGGACACGACCUAUAGCCCCCUUCCACAGUUCUCAGACCUCACCGCGGUCUGCAGCAGGACGCUUCGCUUCCCCGUAUCAGAGAGUCGCUAGUGCGGAAGGGCCCUCCAGGGCUCAGAGAAGAUCAUUAGAUGCGAACGCAGACCCAAAUUCUAUGCCACAAAUGAAUGAAGUUGAGCCGUUUUAUAAGACAGGCAAUAAUACAAGUGCUGAACUUAUUGAUGCAAAAAGGAGUGAGCUGGAGAGCUUACUGUUGCUUUUGAACGAAACGCUGGAGAAUAACAGCUCCGAAAAAGCAUCAGACCUUCAUAUGAUAUCCCUUCUUAACUUCAACAAACUCUCGCUGGAUAUGGACCACGAGGAAAAGGAUAAGGAUGAUGCCUCUCAACAUUCGUCAAGGUACGAGCAAACCCUGAAAAGAAGCCUGCUGGAGAGUUUAGCGCAACCCUUCUUUGAGUCCUCGAACACCGCUUCAACUGCUGGUUUCGAUGAAAGUGGAACACUUCAAGGCCAAGAUAGUUUUAUACUACCUGACUCUUCAUUUGCCGAUAUGCGAACUGCACCGGUAAGCAACCGUCUACUUCAUACGUUCGUCUCCAGUAAGAACUCAUCUCCACAAGCUAUAUUUACAUGUUUGCAGCAAUACCCUUGGCAGUUCAAAUCUGCUAAUGAUCUUGCAUGUCUCACUUUUGGUAUCUCUCAAAACGCCCUCAAGGCCCUGACCUUAUUAGAUCUCAUCCAUACUGACAGCCGGAACUUCGUCUUACAUAAGAUCAUGUCAACUGAAGGUCAGGAGCUUGUUUUCACCGGUGAGAUUGUUGCAAUUGUCCAGCCUGGUGAAUCAUCCAACGAUCUCGUGUGGUCUUCUGUGUGGGCAAAAAGAAGGGACGGUAUGAUUUUCUGUGUUUUUGAGAAGGUACCGUGCGACUUUAUGGAUGUUCUUCUAGAUCUCGAUGAUUUUUCUGUGGAGCAUAUAUCUGGGGGCGCUGGGUUGAAGGGCCUAAAACAACAAACUUCCAAUCGCGGGAAUCAAUUCUCUUCGGUUGAGAAAGAAAAAGGAGGGAAGAAGACAGUUAAGUUUCCCAACGAAGUUCAUGACGUUGCUGACAUUAGCAUCUCGUUGAAAAAACUCAUCGAAGACGUUGAAAGUGGAAAGGUUCGAUCUGUAGAUGACGAUUUGCUACCGAUGUCAAUUAGAGUAUCAAACACCAUCAACAAUGUCCGCUAUUUCACCCUCAACCAUCUCUCCUUGAAUAUACCAUGCGCGAUAUCGUCAUCAAUUUUAGAAAACGAAAUGAAGCUUAAGAUACACAGCCUGCCAUACCAAGCAGGGAUUUUUAUCCUAGACUCCAAUAAUUUCUCAAUGAUUAGCUUCAACAAGUCUAUCUCUAAAAACAUGUUUGGUAUGCAUGCCUCUGAGCUAGUUGGUCAGAGCAUCUGCAAAGUUAUUCCCUCCUUUGCUGAGUUGGUGAGUUUUAUUAAGAUUAAGUACCCAGCUCUCGACAUUACCUUACAGAAAAACAGGGGCUUGGUUUUAACUGAGCAUUUUUUUAGAAAGAUGCAAGCCGAAAUGUCCAAUAACACUGAAAGCUUUUUCGAAUCAAUCGGUAUAGAUGCAAUUCAUCGUGACGGCAGUGUUUUAAAGGUUGAUAUUCAACUUCGUGUUAUCAAUUCAUCAAACUCCCUACUCUGGAUUACACAUUCAAGGGAUGUCGUUUUCGAAAACUAUAAAACAAAUCCAUCCCAGCUGCUCAUGCUGAAAGAAAGCGAAGUGGCACUUGUUGGUAGCGGCACAAGUUCCAGAUCAUCAAUGAAGGCCCCAAGCGGGACCAUUCACGUUGAUGAUUUGCCUAAUCUCAAAGACAGCCUGAAAUUAGAUGGCAGUACAGUCGGAUCUUUUGAUUCAGCUAGCGGCGAUUCCAGGGAUAACAUGGAAGAGCCGCCGGAUACACCUACAGAAGACAAAAAGCAGCAAGAUUCAGACAAACUUGAAAUGCAUAAACUCGGAGAUCAGAUAUCAGCUAAGUUUGAUGUGGCUAAGAAUUAUGUUCAAGACAAGGCAUCCUUUGUCAAAGACAAGAACUUCAAGUUAGAUGAGAAUUUAAUCAUGUCGUUAAAGUCACUUUCGCCCAACAAAGGGAACGGUAGUUUGGCUUCGACAAGCCCACCUGUGCCAAACUCUUCUUCUGAAGAAGCUGGAGGUCAAGGAGAGGUUUUCCUAUCGACCCCAGAGCCCAAUAUUGGCUCGUUGAAGCACGUCAAAAAAUUUUCCGAGUUCGAGGUGCUGCAGAAAAUGGGGGAGGGCGCUUAUGGCAAGGUUGACCUUUGUUUACACAAGAAGGAUCGAUACAUAGUGGUCAUCAAACUUAUUUUCAAGGAGAGAAUUUUAGUUGAUACCUGGGUUAGAGAUCGUAAGCUAGGCACAAUCCCAUCUGAAAUCCAGAUAAUGGCAACACUGAAUACAAAGCCCCACGAAAACAUAUUAAUGCUUCUGGACUUUUUCGAAGAUGACGAGUAUUAUUAUAUCGAGACUCCCAUUCACGGCACCAGUGGUUCAGUUGACUUGUUUGACUUGAUAGAGUUGAAAACUGACAUGACGGAGCAUGAAGCAAAGUUAAUUUUCAAGCAGAUCGUGUCAGGAAUAAAGCACUUACACGAUAAUGGCAUUGUGCAUAGGGACAUUAAGGAUGAGAACGUGAUAGUGGACAGUAACGGUUUUGUGAAAAUCAUUGACUUUGGCUCUGCGGCUUAUGUGAAAAGCGGGCCCUUUGAUGUUUUUGUUGGAACUAUUGACUAUGCUGCGCCUGAAGUUCUUGGUGGAGAACCCUACGAGGGGAAGCCCCAAGAUAUUUGGGCUAUUGGGGUUUUACUUUACACAAUAAUUUUCAAAGAGAACCCUUUUUACAACAUUGAUGAAAUUCUAGACGCAGAUUUGAGAGUUGACUCCAAUCACAGAGUUAGUGAUGAAUGCAUUGCGCUGAUACGGAAGAUUUUGAAUAGGCCUAUAUCAAAGAGGCCUUCAAUUAGUAAAAUUAAUGAUGAUAAGUGGCUGGAGUUGUGA